CACUGACACAAGUACACAAGUGGGUAUAUAUUUGUGAAUUUAUUUACUGGUAUAUAUAUGCGUACACGUCCAUAUUCUCAAUAUUCUGUUUCACUACGCAGCUAGAUUUUUUAUCUUAAAAAUUUAUGGUUACAGCUGAUUGUAAUAACAAGAGAUUGAAUCCUGGGUAAUUUAGUGAUUGGAGCAAGUGAUUAUUAAAAUGGCUCAUUCUGUACCAAGUGGUAUUGUUACUCAUGCUAGGAAGGUAUGCAGUCUUUACAAACGCCUUCUUCGGAAUUAUGAAUCCUGGUUUCCUGAUUUUCUUGAUUUUAGGUAUGAAGCAGUACUCACUCGCGAGAUCUUUGACAAAAACAAAGACAUAAAAGAUCUGCGAGUAGCAAAAAAAUUGUUACUAGAAGGAGAACAAAAGUUAGAAAACAUAAUGCACCCGCAACCAUUGUUCUUCCCAGAAUCUCCAGGUGGUUGUGCUCACGAACGUGAAGUGUUACCUCCAGACUGGGUUCUCGAUUACUGGCAUCCAACUGAGAAAGCUAUGUAUCCAAAAUACUUUGCUCUAAGAGAGAAACGUAAGCUUGAAUACAUGAAACUUUACGAUAAACAAUUCCCUGAUGCCCCGAAGGAAUUCAAAGAUGUUCAUUAAAACAUACUCUUUGUAUACAAUAGAAUAUUAAAUUAUCUUUUACUGUAAGAUUUAUCAUUAAUGUAGCUCGACUUAACAGAUAAUAUAAAAUACAUUAAAAAUUA